AAUAGGUUCGUAUUGUUCGUCCUGACGGCCUCAACUACAUAAUGUAUACGCAGUCAACUUGAAUAUGGCCCCAGAGUCCAGACCCUCUCCCUUGCGUUCAUCCUUGUGCUUGACCAAGCUUGAAACACGAUGACUGCCACUACGUCCGCUGACACGCCGGUCGCACAGCUCGAUCACCUACACGGUGGAUAUUUCGCGUCCGAGAUCUUCUGGCGCGACCGCCAGCCAUGGUUGCAAGAGCGCGGCUAUCUGCUUCGCCCGCGAUAUAGGCCUAACUGGAAGCCUUCGUGGCGUGGUACAAGAAAGCACUUCGGAUUUUGCGAGGAUGGUAUUAGUCCACUGGUCGGUGCCGUUAUGGACGCUACCUGCUUGUCAGAUGGUUCGGUCGUGUCACUGAAGCGAAUUGAUACGACGGUGAACCCAUUCGAAUUGGAGAUUGGGCAGUUCCUGUCAUCCGAAGUGAUCACAUCGGACCCACGCAGUCGCUGUGUCCCCCUCUUAGAUAUACUGACAGAACCAACGGAACCAACGGUCUCCAUGAUCGUGAUGCCGCUGCUUAGGAGAUUCGACGACCCAAGGUUCCUGACAGUUGGAGAGGCAGUCGCCUUUUUCAAACAGUUGAUUGAGGGGCUACGUGUCAUGCACGAGCAUAAUGUAGCUCAUCGCGACAUAUCCUCAGUAAACGUGAUGAUGGACGCACGACCAAUGUAUCCUGACAUGUGGCAUCCUCAGUCUACCUCGCGUAGGCCCGACUAUUCCGGUCAAGCAGAACAUUACAGUCGCACUGAGCGGCCCCCGAAAUAUCUAUACAUCGACUACGGCCUCUCCCGCAAGUACAGCGCUGAGGACGUCCCACCUCAAGAGCUACCCAUCUUUGGCGGCGACAAGUCCGUGCCGGAAUUCCAGGAGGAUGGCUAUGACAAGCCGGCCAAUCCUUUCCAUACCGAUAUAUAUUACCUCGGCAAUCUCAUACGAACCCAGUUCGUGCAGAAGUAUUGCGGGUUCGGAUUCAUGCAAUCACUUGUUGACGACAUGGUGCAAGACGACCCCGGCAAGCGACCGACAAUCGAAGAGGUGGAUUCACGGUUCGACAAGAUAUACAAUCGACUUCCAUGGUGGAAGCUUCGGUCGAGGGUGGUUGAGCAGGACGAGUCCGGGUUUCUACGCACUGUUUCAGGCAUAGGCCAUGUCUUCCGAACAGCAAGAUACGUCGCCAAGCGACUCCCUUCGGUCCCCAUGCCUUCAUGAUGAUCUACGUACAUGCUAUAUUCAUUCCCUUGUUUCUGUGCCGUCGAACUACUGCAAGAUUGUCAGUGAAUUUCAUGGAUCUGGUGAG